AUGGCAAAAGUCAUCUUCACCCCCUGGAAAACCCACGCCGACCUGCUGUCCGUGCGGAACCAAUUCUACCCGCCGCCGACAUACGAAGGCCCCGAUCUGCGCGCAACGGCCUGCGCAAUCGUCUCCGCCUGGAAACUCCGCGGCACCCUCCCGCACACAAUCGAAGCCACCGCGCUCCUCACAGACGCAAUCCUGAACGACGACAGCAGCAGGAACUCCGUCUUCGCGAUACGCGCGACCUACGCGGCUGCGUUCUGCCGAUUCGUAACGGGCUUGGUUGACAGCAAGCUGGGCGCACGGCGGAGCAUGUUCUCGCGCGCGGCGGAGCUGGGGCUGCCAGCGUCGUUUGUGGAAUUGAGGCAUGAGGCGACGCAUCGCGAGCUGCCGAGUUUGGUUGUGCUGAGGCAGGCGGUUGCGAGGAGUUUGGAGUGGUUGUGGGGGUUUUAUUGGGCGGGGCUUAGUCUUAAUUCGGUUGGGGGUGCGGGUGCAUUUGGUGUUGCGGAUGGUGUUGGGGCUGGGGUUGGAGUUGGGAGCGUCUUGAGGGGAUUGCUUGACCAGGCGGGUGGGUUGCUGGGGAGUGGGAAGGAGGGUGCGGGUGAGGACCUUGAGGGACCGCCGAGGAAGAAGAGGAGGGUUCAGAGGCAACUUGCGGGUGUUGCGGGGAGGGUUGUGGGGGUUUUGAAGAUUGAGGGUGAGAACGAGAGUCCAGAGCAGAGAGAAGACGGGGGAGGGGGGACACCCGCAAGGCCGGACAGGGUUCUUGCGCGGCUUAUGCUGGGAGAUGGGGUUUUGAUACCGGCUGGACGACGACUAAACGACACAACCCCCCUAACCAACACACUAAACCAAUGGACUCCCUUCGUCCAACUCCUCACAGCCGGAUCCCCAUCAUUCCUCAGCACACUAACAGAGAGCAUGGCCGACGCCCUCGCAUUCCCAUCCACCUCGGCCUCACCAAACCCAGACCCCAAAGCAAACCCCACCCUCGAAAGCAUCUACACAUGGCUGGACCACAUCCUGCACUCGGCGCAAUGGGAGCUCCAGCGGCGGUUCAUCUCGCUCUCGUACAUUCAAGCUGUGUGCGAGAGUGCGGAGGGGAAUUACUGGACUGCAUUACUGAAGGAGAGGAUUGAGAGGGGUGCGAAGGGGAAGGGGAAGGGGAAGAGCAAGAGCAAGAAAAUAGACGGUUUGCCUCCGCUCUCUUCUACUUCCCCUGGAUCUGGUGAGUUGUCGAAAACGAAUACCACGGACGACGAAGAUAUGAAGACGCUCAGCAAAUUCGGAUGGGAGAUGGCGGAAGCAGAGACGUCGGAAUGGGAUGCGCAUGCCCGGCCGGUGGUGGUGGCUUAG